AUGCGGUACCGAUGUUCGGGGGUCGAAAAGCAGCUUCGACUUGAAUGGCAUCACACACCUAAAUCCUGGAGUGUGGGAGUGGUGAUCCAGUGCAUCAAGGACUAUAUUGAGAACCCCCAAGAUGUGGUGAAUAAUAAUACCAGCGAAACCUUCAAGACCCUUCUACCAGAUUACUGCAUUGUGCUGAAGGACGGUCAUGUGACUCAAACCACGGCCACCGACAGAGCACCGGAUUCCGUUUUUCAUAUUUCUGUGCGGUUUGGUAAAUUCGCUGAUCGCGCUCGGCCGGGCCCAGCGUGGGCCUACUCUGUCCACAUCUAUCUCAGUCAGAAUACAGGGAAAUAUGUACCGAAAGAAGUUAAAUGGGAUAACCCAACAAGCGACAAGCCACGGCAGGCCGCAGUACACAAGAACAGAACCCGAUGGCCUGCCGGUGCAACUGCUACGACAGCACCACCGGCUCCCAAUGAGCAACCAUUAGUCUCCACCCAAUCGAUUGAAGGCGGCCGUCGAACACCCCACACGGGGGGGAUGGUCCAGGCCAAGGGCCUGCCACAGGGGAUGGUAGAAGUGAAUAAGAAAGGGGCCCAGACCAUUCUGGAUACAGAAGAACAUCUCAAGGGUAGAACCCAUUUUUGA